AUGGCAAGCCAUGGCGCGGCCGUCGCGGUGGCGUUGCUACUCAUCAUCCUCUUCGGAGUCGCGUCACCGAUGAUCUCCGCCGCGCGCGUCAUUGGCGGCGACGCGUCGGAGCACGGGCUGACGCGGCGGACGGAGGCGGAGGCGCGGGAGAUGUACGACCUGUGGCUGGCGCGGCACGGCCGCCUCUACAACGCGCUGGGCGGCGAGUACGACCGCCGCUUCCGCGCGUUCCGGGACAACCUCGACUUCGUGGACGCGCACAACGCGCGGGCCGCGGCCGGCAAGGAAAGCUUCCGCCUCGGGAUGAACCGCUUCGCCGACCUCACCAACGCCGAGUUCCGCGCCGCCUACCUCGGCGCCACCGUCCCCAACGCCCCUCGCCGCAACGUCGUCGGCGAGCGCUACCGCCACGACGGCGCCGAGGCCUUGCCGGAGAAGGUGGACUGGAGGGAGAAGGGCGCGGUGGCGCCCGUGAAGAACCAGGGCCAAUGCGGGAGCUGCUGGGCGUUCUCGACGGUCUGCGCGGUGGAAGGCAUCAACAAAAUCGUCACCGGCGAGCUCGUGACGCUGUCGGAGCAGGAGCUGGUGGACUGCGCGCGCAACGGGAGGAAUAGCGGGUGCCACGGCGGGAUCAUGGACGACGCCUUCGAGUUCAUCGCACGGAACGGCGGCCUCGACACCGAGGAAGACUACCCCUACACCGGCAGGGAGGGCAAGUGCGACCUCGCCAAGAAGGGCCUCAAGGUCGUCUCGAUCGACGGGUUCGAGGACGUGCCCGCGAACGACGAGCUGUCGCUGAAGAAGGCCGUGGCGCACCAGCCAGUGAGCGUGGCCAUCGAGGCCGGCGGGCGCGAGUUCCAGCUCUACGAGUCCGGCGUCUUCACGGGGCGGUGCGGCACGCAGCUGGACCACGCCGUCGUCGCGGUGGGCUAUGGCGCGGAGGAGGACGGCAAGGAGUACUGGAUCGUGCGCAACUCGUGGGGUCCGGGCUGGGGCGAGGGCGGCUACGUCCGGAUGGAGCGGAACGCGAGCGCGACGACGGGCAAGUGCGGCAUCGCCAUGUACCCGUCGUACCCCGUCAAGAACGGGCCCAACCCGAAGCCGGCGCCGGCUCCGACGCCCGUGUCGCCGGCGGAGAAGUGCGACCGCCACAGCUCGUGCCCGGCGGGGAGCACCUGCUGCUGCACGUACGGCGUGAGGAACGUGUGCCUGUCGUGGGGGUGCUGCCCGGCCAAGGGCGCCACCUGCUGCCGGGACCGCGCCGUGUGCUGCCCGUCGGACUACCCGGUCUGCAACGCCGGCAGCCGCACCUGCGCCAAGAGCAAGGGCAGCCCGGACACCGUGGAGGCGCUGCCCAGGACUCCGGCGACGCGACAGAGGACGUCCAUCCCGGAGCUAGUUGAUUUCAUAUUUUCCUUCUAG